AAUCAAUAAAUUUAUUUGUUGCAUUUUCUUUUUGCGUUUCAUCUUACAGUCAUCUAUCUCUUCUUGAAGGACAAGAAAUCAUCCCCAAUUUUCAAAUCGUCCUUCCAAAACCCUAUAAUUUGAUUUGAUCUGUUUCUACGGAGUUUAUUCAUUCUUGUAAACCUCGCCACCGAUCAAUGUACAUUAAGGAACUCUAAGCCGGAAAGAUUGGUUCAUCUAUUCGCAUGAUAAAUACUUGACAAAAAUUUCAGGUGAGGUGACAGCUUCUGUAAGGGGAUAAAAUGGUGAAGCUGACAAUGAUUGCUCGUGUGACAGAUGGGCUUCCACUAGCUGAAGGACUUGAUGAUGGGCGUGAUAUGCAAGAUGCAGAGUUUUACAAACAGCAAGUUAAAGCUUUGUUCAAGAACCUUUCAAGAGGACACAAUGAAGCCUCUCGGAUGUCUGUUGAAACUGGCCCUUACAUUUUCCACUAUAUUAUUGAAGGGCGAGUAUGUUAUUUGACAAUGUGUGAUCGUUCUUACCCAAAGAAGCUGGCUUUCCAAUACCUUGAAGAUCUCAAGAAUGAAUUUGAGCGUAGCUAUGCCAAUCAAAUCGAAACUGCAGCAAGACCUUACGCUUUUAUAAAAUUUGAUACAUUUAUACAGAGGACCAAGAAAUUGUACCAGGACACCAGAACUCAAAGGAAUAUUUCAAAGCUGAAUGAUGAACUUUAUGAAGUACACCAGAUCAUGACACGUAAUGUUCAGGAAGUUCUUGGUGUUGGUGAAAAAUUGGACCAGGUGAGUCAAAUGUCGAGCCGAUUAACCUCAGAAUCUCGGAUCUAUGCUGAGAAAGCAAGAGAUUUAAAUCGACAGGCAUUGAUCAAGAAAUAUGCUCCUUUUGCAAUUGUGGUUGGGGUGGUUAUUAUACUCUUCUGGGCCAAAAACAAGAUAUGGUGAUGAUGACAUGGCAUCUUUAAUCUCAGGAAACAUUUUUAUUUUAAUGUAUUCCAUUGUUUCAGGGGGCCCAAGUUACUUAAUAACUUUGAGUUUAGAUUAUAUGGAGGCUGUUGUGUUAUGGCACCCAAAUGUUGUAGGUAAAACUAAAAGAAAAUAUUUAUCUCAUUUUGUUGUGGAUUGAGAUUCAUAUUGAUGGAUUUAUAUAUAUAUAUACUGAAACUUCUUUUGGUGUUGUGUAA